AUCAGUAUUCUUCAUUAUUGACAAUUAGGUUGAAGACAAAUCCAUGUGAUCCUUCAUGAGUAUCACUAGACCUGAUCCAAACCAUUCACUAGCUUGCAUUAGAGCAUUUCCACUGUACCCUUUACUAUGUGUGUGUAUAUAUAUACACAAACAUUUUGAUUUAAAAGCAACACGAGUCCAUACAUUCUCAAGCAUCAAAGCACCUUUUCUAUCUAAGUCUUUAUUGAUCUCUCUUGUUCGUCCAUAACGAAAUAUGGGUUUCCGUCUACCUGCUAUUCUUCGUGCUAAGCAAAUUCUUCAGAGGUCUCCUUCUGGAAACCAAACAGCUUCAGCAGCCAGGGAUGUGCCAAAAGGCUACCUUGCAGUCUAUGUAGGAAAAAAGCAGAAGAAGCGGCGAUUUGUGAUUCCAGUAUCAUAUUUGAACACACCUUCAUUUCAAGACUUAUUAAUCCAAGCUGAAGAAGAAUUUGGAUAUGAUCAUCCAAUGGGUGGUCUUACAAUUCCCUGCUGUGAAAGAAUGUUUAUUGAUGUCAUUUCUUGCUUAAAUUGUUCAUGAAGCGGAACAUUGAACACAAUUUUGUAAAGGGUGGAGUUACAAUGUACAAUGUACACAAAAAGCAUUAGCAUUAAUCAAUUAUU